AUGGAACAAGGUAAUGAUACAGAAAUUUCAGAUUUUAUUCUUCUGGGAUUAUCAGAGGAACCAGAAGUUCACUCCCUCAUAUUUGGACUUUUCCUCUCCAUGUACCUGAUCACUGGGUUUGGAAAUCUACUCAUCAUCCUGGCUGUUGGCUCUGCAUCCCACCUCCACACUCCCAUGUACUUCUUCCUUGCCAAUCUGUCCUUUGUAGACAUCUGCUUCACCUCAACCACCAUCCCUAAGAUGCUGUGGAACAUCCAGGUUCAGGGAAAAACCAUAACAUACGCAGGCUGUAUCAGCCAGAUUUUUUUUUUCAAUGUGUUUGGAUUCCUGGAGAAUUUACUCCUGACAGUAAUGGCUUAUGACCGUUUUCUGGCCAUCUGUCACCCCCUGCACUACACAGUCAUCAUGAACCCCAGGCUCUGUGGAUUGCUGGUCAUGGUGUCCUGGCUCAUCAGUGUUCUGAAUUCCUUGUUACAGAGCUUAAUGUUGCUGCAGCUAUCCUUCUGUACAGGCAUGGAAAUACCCCAUUUCUUCUGUGAAAUCAAUCAGGUGGUCAGCCAUGCUUGUUCUGACACAUUUCUUAAUGACAUGGUGAUGUAUUUCGGAAUUGUGAUUCUGGGUUGUCCUCCCGUGGCCGGAGUCCUUUACUCUUACUUUAAGAUAGUUUCCUCCAUAUGUAGAAUAUCAUCAGCUAUUGGCAAGUAUAAAGCAUUUUCUACCUGUGCUUCUCACCUCUCAGUUGUCUCCUUAUUUUAUUCUACAGUCCUGGGAGUGUACCUUGGUUCUGCUGCUACCCAGAGCUCCCACUCAGGUGCCAUAGCCUCUGUGAUGUACACGGUGGUCACACCCAUGCUGAACCCCUUCAUCUACAGCCUGAGGAACAGAGACAUAUAUAGGACUCUGAAAAGAAUUGUUGGGGUUCUAGUGUUGUAUGUGCCUAUCAUCCUGGGGCUGAAGAAGUGCCCAUGA